AUAAGAAAAACAAAAGAAAAGCCUGAAACUUUCGAAGCUAAAAUCCCGGGAGUGCCCCAGAGUGGGAUUAAAUAGGACAGAGAGAGAAAGUAAUACACAACUUCGCACACAACUUCGCACACAAAAGUGGUUGUUGUGAUGGAAGGUCCAAGUGGAGGAGGGGGGAGUUCUUCAGGAAUGAUGAAUUUUGGAGAUCAAAACAAUAAUAAUGGGUUAUGCAGCUCCAUGAUGAUGAUGAUGCCUUUAAUGUCCUCUCACGGCGGAGAUGGCGCAUGUAGCUCAUUUCUCCCUCUCCCGCCACCACCUCCACCUCACAAUUACGAGCCCUCUCCAAAUAACAACACCACUAACCCUAUUUCUUACUUCAUGGAAAACAACAACACCAACAAUAACUCCAACAAUGAGGGCGCCAAUAAUGCUGCCUCCUCCUCUUCCUCCUCUCAAGUGAAGGCCAAAAUCAUGGCCCAUCCCCACUACCACCGCCUCCUCGCCGCCUAUGUCAAUUGCCGCAAGGUGGGGGCGCCGCCGGAAGUGGUGGCGAGGCUAGAGCAAGCGUGUGCCUCUGCAGCAACUAUAAGUGGGACGUCGUCGUGUAUUGGGGAAGAUCCGGCGCUGGACCAGUUUAUGGAAGCUUACUGUGAGAUGCUGACCAAAUAUGAGCAAGAACUUUCCAAACCCUUCAGGGAUGCCAUGCUUUUUCUUCAACGGAUCGACUGCCAAUUCAAAGCCCUCUCUAUCUCCUCCUCCUCCGACGCCGCUUGCGGCGAGGCAUUUGACAGGAACGGAUCAUCCGAAGAAGAAGUCGAUAUCAACGGCCACUCCAUCGAUCCCCAAGCCGAAGACCGCGAACUGAAAGGUCAGCUUCUCCGGAAAUACAGCGGAUACUUGGGCAGUCUCAAGCAAGAAUUCAUGAAGAAGAGGAAGAAAGGGAAGCUGCCCAAGGAGGCUAGACAACAACUUCUUGAUUGGUGGAGCAGACAUUACAAAUGGCCUUACCCAUCUGAAUCACAGAAGCUAGCUCUAGCCCAAUCCACUGGCUUAGAUCAGAAGCAAAUCAACAACUGGUUCAUCAACCAAAGAAAAAGACACUGGAAACCUUCAGAAGACAUGCAAUUUGUGGUGAUGGAUGCUGCUCAUCCACAGUAUUACAUGGACACCGUUCUGGGCAAUCCUUUUCCCUUGGAUAUCUCUCCCACUCUACUCUAAUAAAAUUGAUUUCGCAAAAUUGUUAUGAUAAAAUACAUGUCAUAUCUUGUCCUUUUCUUUUUGUAUCAAUGUUUGAGGAAUGUUCCAACUGGCCGUUUGACAAAACAUAUAUAUGCUUUUUAUUACAUUAUUAUAUGAUCGAUCAUAUGUUCCAACGGAGAAGUUGGAAAUCAAAUAUGGGUCAAAAUUUAGGUACGUUAUGAUUGAA